GGUGUUCGUGAUUGAAGAGCAGCAGGUGUUGAUAACGAGGACGACGGAGGAGAGCCUCCCGUGUGACUGACAUUGUCACAUUUAAAAACAGGAGUUAUAUAAAUUAACUAUAUUGUUACGCAAAACGGUACAACAAUGAUCCCAAACGGCUUAAAGUUGGGCGUGGCCCUCGUGCUUCUCUUCGGCUUCACGCGCCACCGUGUUGAGGGAAUCUGCAGUGUGGAGCAUUGCACUAACAGCUCGAGGUGUGUUCUGUCUGAAGACCAAAGGAGAUGCAAAUGUGCCGGUGGCUAUUAUGCGGAACAAUGUGACAGAGAUGCACAGAUCAAAGUUCUGUGCAGCAAGGACUUCAUAGGAAUCAGAGCGAAAGAAGAUUACUUCAAGUUUCACAAUGUGCCGCUGGAGUCCCUGCACUUGCCCAACAAGUCUUGCCGUCCUCAGAGGGAGGUCAUCGACGGUGUGUCGUACUACGUGUCCAAGAUAUCUAAAGACCAAUAUCAAAUGUGCGGCGGCAAGCCACUGACGAAAAAAAAUCACAUCUCCUAUUCCCUGAGUCUACAGUCAGACCCUCGGAUUAUUGGAAACAUCAUCAGAAAUCCAGUCAUUAAGCUGGACUACAUAUGCGUCUAUCCAGCCAUCAGAACAGUCAGCCUGCCUUUCCCAGUCAUCCACUUUUCCAGUGAGAUGGUGAUGCAUGUCAAUGAACUUGAUGCCAACAUACAGAUGAUGUUGUACCCAGACCAGUCCUAUUCUGAGGCCUACAGCAGUGCCCCCACCAUUGAACUCGGAGACAAGGUGUAUGUUGAGGUGGCUGUCACAGAGCCUGCAGAUUUCUUCCUGCUCCGGGUUGAUAAGUGCUGGGCCACACAGUCUCUCCAGCCGAACACGACGGAGGGAUUGGUUUACACUCUGCUUCUGAACGGGUGUGUGAAGGACAAAACCGUCUCCUUUCUUAACGUGAGCGCCGGACAGUCUGGCCGUAACGGAGAAAGUUCCACCAUUCGCUACAGCUUCGACAUGUUUCGCUUCACAACGGAACCUCACGACCUCUAUCUGCACUGCACGGUUGAGCUGUGCGUGCCAGAAGACUACAAGUCCUGCAAACCUAACUGUAAUUCAAUCAGUAAGAGAGAAGCGGUGCGAGCAGACCCCUCUCUGGGCAUCCUAUCGUAUGGACCCAUCAGGAUUGAAAUGCCAGACAGACCUCAAUCCAGCAUACUGGCGACGGUGGUGCUGCCUGUGGCAGGUGUCUGGACUUUGGGUUUCUUCCUCAUCAUCCUCAUCACUGUGGUCAGCAGGCAGCAGGAGGCUCAAACCAACUGGGGAGCACUGACUACAAUGUUGCUGCUGUUGGCAGCGUGAAUAAAACUUUUAAAAGCA